GGCUGCCGGGGACUUCCCGCACAUAUCCACACCGACUGCGCGGUCGCCAGCGGAAUAGUCGCGAGAGGUGGGGUCGAGAUCUGCGCAGCACACGACGGACGGUGCUGUUGUGAAGCAGCGAGGACGUGACGGUUGACAUAGUUUCAUGUGUAACCAGUCUACGUCAGUGGAUACCGUGACGUUUGUCGCAGUGAAUCAGGCUGGUGGAGGUUUCAACCGGCCGCCGCCAUCGCGCCGCCGCGGCUGGUCAGACGGCACUGUGCACUGUGCAGCCGCCGGCCCGAUUAGGUGACUGAGCAGUGAACACAUAGAGCCUUGGACUGAACGAAAUUUCGGCUCCGCCGCGACUGCUACUGUUGAAGUGGAGCAAAAACUCACUUCGGCUUUCAGCGAGGCGUAGCCAGUGGUCUGCCGUUGAGGAGGCAGUGAGCGGUGAGGCAGUGCUGCUGCUGCUCGCCAGACCGACAGCGACCGCCGGACUCUGCCCGUACCCGUCUUCUCGAAUCGAUCCCAGCGCCAUGGAUGCCGCCACCAGACACCAGAGAGAUACGGCCUGCCAGCUUUACAGACUUCUUGCCGAGGCGGCCGGCGGAGAAAACGUGCUCCUGUCGCCGUUCAGCAUCUGCACGGCGCUGGCCAUGGCCUUCGGCGGCGCCGCAGGAGACACGGAGCUACAGCUACGGCAGGCGCUAAAGCUUCUUCCCAAGGACGCUACGGCGCUCCACAACGGCUACGGCAAGGUGCUAGCCAAGCUGAGCGACCCGCCGAACGUCACACUCACCACCGCUAACAAGAUGUACGUCCAGAACUCCUACAGCAUUUUGGACAGCUUCCUCGAGCUCAUGAAGAACAAGUACCAAAGUGAUCUGAAGAGCGUGGAUUUCGAAGAUGCAGUAAGCACGAGCAAGCUGAUCAAUGAUGACGUGGAGUCCAUGACAAAAGGAAAAAUCAAGGACUUGAUGGAUCCAAGUGCUUUUAACGGACAAGUCCGCCUGGUUUUGGUGAAUGCGAUCUAUUUCAAUGGCUCCUGGAAGGAAAAGUUUUACAAAGAGGCGACACGGAUGGAGGAUUUCUUCGUCACUCCUGAGGUUGCUGUCAAAACGAGCAUGAUGCACAUGGAAGGCACUCAGUUCAGGUGCCGCCCUUCAUGCGCGGGGCUGGGAUGUAAAGCUCUCGAGCUUCCGUACGAAGGCAAGCGGUUCAGCAUGCUACUGCUGCUGCCGGACGAGAAAGAUGGACUUGCUGCGCUGGAGGAGAAGCUUGCUGGCAUUCCAGUCCAGUCGAUCGUGAAACGUCUCGGCAAUCGGAAAACCAGCAUCAGCAUCCCAAAGUUCAAACUGGAGACGUUUUAUAACCUCGAGGGCCAUCUGCAGAAGCUAGGCGUCACUGACUUGUUUGACGCCCGGUCGGCGGACCUGUCCAAGAUAUCGGGCAGCAGGGACCUGUUUGUCUCUCAGGUGGUUCACAAGGCGUUCAUUGAGGUGAACGAGGAGGGCACUGAGGCAGCCGCCGCCACUGGACCGAUCGCAGUGCUGGCCUGCCGAGGGCCAGAGCCGUUCAGGUUCUUCGCUCACCAUCCUUUCUUCUUCGCCGUUGUUGACAACAAGCUCGGCCUGGUUCUGUUCUCGGGCCGCUACGUCAAACCCGAGUAAGUCAGCGCAGCUGAUUGUGGCUAGUAGAGUGGUAGAGUCUGGCGUUCGUCCGUCAGCGUUACCUAACGGCAGAAAAUGACUGAGGCAAUGUGUCAUCGUGAUGCGGUGAAGAGUGCCAUCGGUCGCCUGAAGUGUUGCCAUCUAGUGGCAACUCGGACCAGCUGCGAUCACAGGCUCUGUAACAUUGGUUGUUUGCCUGAGAUCGAUUCCUCCACACGCACCUGCCUCUAGAAAACACCCGUAGACACCCUAUGACUGGUCUACGGCAACCAGAGUCUUUGUUUGAUAUGUCCCAGUUUUAAACUAUGCACUACGACAAAUACAUAAUAAAAUGUC